UAAUCAUUACAACGAAGUUGACAUCAUUUUUAAGUCAUAAUUUUUUAAUAAUUUUUUUUUUUAUCAACAACUUUUAUGAAUUGCUCUAUUCUUGUUGAAAUUAUCAAACAAUACCUGUAAAUUGGUGUAAUAAUAAAAUUACAGUGCUAAAAUAUUGCGCACUUACUUCUUACUACCUGCAAAUGACACAGAUUACUUCAGGCUCAUUUUUAAAUGGUGAUAGUCAAUCAUUAAUACACAUUGUUUCAGUUUAAAGUGGAAAUAAUAUAUUAAACAUGGGACGUCGAUUGUCAGGGUCAUCAACCAGAGCUCGUGACACUCAACCUUCACCUUUAACUCUGCAACAUAAUUCAUCUUUGACUGAUCGAAAUGCUUUAUCUCAACAUGAUGAACUUAUACAUUUUGUAGGAGAUUCAUGGAAUGUUAUUUAUCAGGAGUAUCAAAAUGGCUCUCAAGGAAAUAAUGGUCGAUUUCUUAUUCAAUUUUAUGCAGAUGAACACGGCGAUAAGCUGAAAGGAUUUAAACCUUUUGAUUUAGAAGCUUGGUGGGGAAAACAAACAAUUCAACGCUAUCAGCAACGUUCCUAAACAAUUAAUUUCUGUAUAAAAUUCUUAUAAUAAAUUUAAUUUAAUUC